AUGGCUCCUAAAGCAAAAGCUGGUGGUGGUGGCAAAUCGAAAUCAGGGGCAUCGGCCGCUGCAGCUGCCCAAUCCACCCAGCCACGUCCGGCACAGACUCGCAGCAUGAAAGCAGGUCUGCAGUUCCCCGUUGGUCGUAUUCAUCGUUACCUCAAACAACGAACUCAGCACAAUGUGCGCAUCGGUGCCAAAGCUGCUGUGUACACUACUGCCAUCCUCGAAUAUCUGACUGCGGAAGUUCUGGAGCUUGCUGGCAAUGCAUCGAAAGAUCUUCGCGUCAAGCGCAUUACUCCACGUCAUUUGCAACUCGCGAUUCGCGGUGAUGAAGAGCUUGAUACCCUUGUUCGCGCAACCAUUGCUGGUGGAGGUGUCCUUCCAUUCAUCCACAAGAGCUUGACCGGCAAUCUCAAGAAUGCUGCGAAGAAACCAGACGGUACCCCUCAGUGA